AUGGCUGAUGUUGAUCCAGAAACUCUUCUGGAGUGGCUUAACAUGGGCCAGGGUGAUGAAAGAGAUAUGCAACUCAUAGCACUAGAACAGUUAUGCAUGUUACUAUUGAUGUCUGAUAACGUUGACAGAUGUUUUGAAGUAUGUCCACCCCGCUCAUUUUUGCCAGCACUUUGUCGGAUAUUUCUUGACGAAAGUGCUCCCGAUAGUGUACUUGAAGUUACUGCUAGAGCAAUCACUUAUUAUUUAGAUGUAUCUGCUGAAUGUACUAGACGUAUUGUGGCAAUUGAUGGUGCAUUAAGAGCAAUUUGCAAUCGAUUAGUAAUUACAGAUAUAUUUUCAAGAACAAAUAAAGAUUUAGCUGAACAGUGUUGCAAAGUAUUGGAACUAAUAUGCACUCGUGAAGCCGGUGCUGUUUUUGAGGCUGGGGGCCUGAGUUCUGUGUUAUUGUUCAUUAGUGAUGUCGGAUCUUGUGUGCACAAAGAUACUCUACAUUCUGCCAUGACUGUAGUUUCUAGAUUAUGUACUAAAAUGGAACCAAAUGAAGCAUCAUUACCAACUUGUGUCGAAUCCUUAUCUACAAUGCUUAAACAUGAUGACUCUCAUGUUUCCGAUGGAGCUUUGAGAUGCUUUGCUUCAUUAUCUGAUAGAUUUACACGUCGUGGAAUUGACCCAGCUCCUUUAGCACAACAUGGACUUCUAAAUGAAUUGAUACUUCGAUUGUCUUCAGCAGCUGGACCUACAGUAACAAAUAUAGGAACACCUGGUCUCAAUGCAAAUACUUCAACUACCGAGGUUAAAUCUUCUCAGUCUAUAUCCACAGUUAUAAGCUUGUUAACUACUCUAUGUCGUGGAUCUAAGUCUGUAUCUCAUGAUUUAUUUAGAUCUAACUUAGCUGAUGCAAUUGAAAAAGCUCUGAAAGGCGACGAAAGAUGUUGUUUGGACACUAUGCGUUUAGUUGAUUUAUUACUAGUGCUACUUCUUGAAGGACGUGAUGCAGUAUCAUGGAGUACAGUAGCAUGUACCAGUAAUAAUCCUUUAUUACCAAAACUUCGACGGUUAGAUUCUACUGCUGAAAAAUCUCAACGCCACUUAAUUGACUGUAUCAGAAGUAAAGACACGGAAGCAUUGAUGGAGGCUGUAAAUUCUGGGGCAAUUGACGUAAAUUUUGUGGAUGAAGUGGGUCAGACUUUACUUAACUGGGCUUCUGCGUUUGGUACUCAAGAAAUGGUAGAAUAUUUGUGUUCUAAAGGGGCUGAUGUCAAUAAAGGUCUCAGGUCAUCAUCGUUGCAUUAUGCCGCUUGUUUUGGAAGGCCAUCCAUAGCUAAAAUUCUUCUAAAAAACAGUGCUAAUCCAGAACUUCGAGAUGAAGAAGGCAAAACACCAUUGGAUAAAGCACGAGAAAGAAUGGACGAAGGACAUCGUGAAGUUGCUACUAUAUUGGAAUCUCCUGAAUGGUUGAUGUCUUCCAAAAAUGAAAUUGUCCAGUCAAAUGAAUCUAAAGAACCAAAAGGAGAUCCUGAGAUGGCUGCGAUUUAUCUUAAACGCUUAAUGCCUGUUUUUUGUCAUACUUUUCAAUCAACUAUGCUUCCAUCAAUUAGGAGAACAUCUCUUUCUUUAAUUAAAAAAAUGGUUCAUUACAUUAAAUCAGAUUGGCUUGAGGAUAUAUGUAGACCUGAUUGUCCAAAUAAUCUUGCUCCUUUGUUGGUUGAAGUACUUGCUACUGUUCUUGAUAAUGAGGAGGAUGAUGAUGGACAUGUCAUCGCUUUACAAACCAUUUAUGAUCUUUUGAAUAAAUGUCAAGAUACAUUUCUUGACCAUUUUGCACGUCUGGGAGUUUUUUGUAAAGUACAACAACUUAUUGGACCUGAUAAUAAUCCAGAAAAGGAUGAUGUUCCGCAAAUUGAGUCAAAAAAUGUUCCAACUGAAGAUGCUAAAGAAAUAUUGCCAGGUCAUGCAUAUCAUUGGAAAGAUUGGUUUUUCUGUCGUGGUCGAGAUUGUCUGUAUGCUUGGAAUGAUUAUGUUGUGUUGGAGUUGUCGAAUGGUAGUAACGGUUGGUUUAGAUUUAUGAUAAACGAUAAAUUAUCUACAAUGUACUCCAGUGGAAGCCCUGAAGGACAACCUGAUACAAAAAACAAAACGGAGUUUAUUGAAAAAUAUUUAAAAGCCAAAGUGUUUGUUAAACUGAACACAGUUAGCCAACCAAUUUUAAGUAUUCCUGGUUUAAAUAGAAUAGCAGUUGGUAACUGGAUUCUUAUUUCAAAGAAAGAUUGUGAACUUAGCAUACAAAACUCUGAUGGCUUACAGCAAAUGACAACAUUAAUAUUUGGAACCAAUGGGUUUUCCUUCCAAUCUAAUCGUGGCAAUCAACAUAUGUUUACUGCUUUGAUACCACUUAAAAGUGAUUUUACCUCUGGUUGGGAAACAGUUAAAAAAGCAAAUAUAGUAGCAGCAACAGCCGAAAGUGUUGGACAAAAAAUUCGUAGACAAGCACAAGAAAUAUUCGAUACAUUCUUUAAAGCGGCCCAGGCUCAGCCAAGGGGUGUUGUUGCAAGGUUAAGCAAAAUUGUUAAAGCCAUUGAAUUAGCAAUUCAUAAUCAAUCUUCUGUGGUCAAAGACAGCUCCAAUAAAGAUUUUUGGGCAUCAGCUCUUUGCAAGGCAGUAUUGGACUUGAAAAAAUUAUUAAUGGAGGAUGAAGGCAGUGUUUCAGCGUACGAAAUAUAUAGCAGUGGUUUAGUUGAAGUUUUAUUGAAACUUUUAACUAUCAGUAGUCACGAACAAGCCGAUGAAGCUGUAGAACUGCAGAAACUUAGGAUUGACAUUUUUGUUAAAUGUUUCAAAGAAAAGAAAAAUGAAAAAGGAUUAGAGACUUGUGCUUCUGUUUUAGUGCAAAAGCUAAUAUCUGUUUUAGAAUCUAUUGAAAGAUUACCUGUGUACUUGUAUGAAUCACCUGGUGCUUUUCAUGGAUUACAAAUAUUGUCAAGACGUGUCAGAUUUCGUUUGGAAAAAGCUGUAAAAGAAACCACUCUUGUUGAUCGUACAGGUAGAGGCUUAAGAAUGGAGCCUCUAACCACUAUACAUCAACUUGAAAAACAUCUAUUAAAAAUGGUUGCGAAACAGUGGUAUGAUCAUGAACGCAUCACAUAUAAUUAUGUUAAAAAACUUAAAGAUAAAAAUAAUACACCCAUGAAGUUCAAACAUUAUUAUGAUUUUGAUAAAAAUGGAGUCUUAUAUUGGAUCGGAACAAACGGAAAAACUACUGUAGAUUGGGUUAACCCAGGUCAAUAUGGAUUAAUGCUAGUUCAGUCUUCGGAUGGUCGUAAUUUACCAUAUGGUCAAGUAGAAGAUAUUUUAAGUAGGGAUUCUGUUGCGAUUAACUGUCAUACUAAUGAUGAUUGCAAGGCAUGGUUUUCUAUUGACUUAGGAUUAUUUAUAAUUCCUACCGAUUAUACUCUUAGGCAUGCUAGAGGUUAUGGCCGUUCUGCUCUACGAAAUUGGUUAUUCCAAGUGUCUAAAGAUGGUACCAAUUGGACUACAUUAUACACACAUAUUGAUGAUACAGCAUUAAAUGAACCAGGAAAUACUGCUACUUGGUCCAUAGAAAUAAAUGAUAAGGAAGAAACUCAGGGUUGGCGGCAUAUUAGAAUACAACAGAAUGGUAAAAAUGCAUCAGGGCAAACACAUUAUCUCUCAUUAUCUGGUUUUGAGAUUUAUGGAAGUGUUACUGGUGUAUGUGAAGACUUGGGUGCUUUAGCUAAAGAAGCAGAAGCUAGUCUAAAACGCCAAAGACGUAUGUUCAAGGCUCAAAUGUAUAAGCAAAUGGUGACUGGUGCUCGAGUUAUGCGUGGUAUUGAUUGGAAAUGGAGAGAUCAAGAUGGAAAUCCCCCUUGUGUAGGGACAGUUACUGGAGAAUUGCAUAAUGCUUCAAAAAUGUUCAAAAACAUUCCAAGUACAACCUUAUCUGGCAUUAUGACAAGAAUGCCUAGUUCCACUCCUAUUUUACCUGAAGCAUCUAAUGAUAAUAACACUGUUGCUUCUGUAACCAGUACUGAUCAAAUAUCUUCUGCAGAGAACUUGGCGGUAAAGCAAGCUGCUCAACAAUUCACUGAUAGCAUAAUGUCAGUUAUGAGAAUGGAACCCUCUGCAGUUACCCCAGUAACUACAAAUUCAUUAGAUAAUUCACUUCGAAUAGUAGUCCACCCAACUCCUUCUGUUGAUCUCGCCACAAUUGUUGAAUCUACAUCAAAUGAUGAAACUCAACAAAAUAUUGAAAAUAAUAAGAAAAACAGUAAUUGCUAUGAAGAAGAAUUUUUACCAGCUUUGGGAAGAGUGAAACCAACAUAUAGGCGUAGUUCUGUUACUAGUUUAGUUCACACAUUGCAAUCCAUUCAAAUUGAUACACCUCCUAACAAUAAAGUAAAUUCAAAAGAUAAGCCAAUAAUAAUUAUGCAUCAUAAUACAUCAGAUGCUUCCAAUGCCCAGACCCAGGAUCUAUCUACUGAUACUUUAAUAAACAAUGCAAAUAAUUCAGCUUUUAAUACAGAAAUAUGUAGCCCGAACAAUUUAGAUUUAGUAAAAGAAAAUAAAAAGGAAGAGAACCGAAAUAAUUCUUCAAAUCACAUGAGUGUCAGUGUACCAAAUUUAGCAUCUAAUGCACCACCUAGAUCACAAUGCUCAAUACAAAAGCCGUUAGCUGAAAUGGCUCCAUAUCAAAAGUAUAGAAAUUUUGAUCGAAACAAUAGUCAUAACAACCAAACUCAAGUCUCUAACCAUUUACCUCAACGAGUACCUACUUCAGUAUCUAGUCUUGUUCGUUUGGCUCUAUCUACUAAUUUUCCAAGUGGUUUGCUUCAAACGGCCCAAAGUUAUCCUAGCUUAUCGGCUAAUAAUACUACUAAUAAUUCAUGUUCUAUAACUACCAUUGCAAAUAGAACUUUUUGUGUUGGCGAAGCUCUAACUAUGAGCUUAGCGUCUACAUCAAGCGAUAGUGAACAAGUCAGUUUAGAAGAUUUUUUGGACAGUGUUCGUGCCCCAGCUUUGUUUGCAGAACUUGAAGAUGAUGAAGAAAUUGUUGAAGAUGAUGAUAUUCCAGAUGAUGAUGAAAACGAAGAUGAACAAGAAUAUGAAGAGGUAAUGGUCUCCAGAAAUCUACUAAGUAUGGAAGAUGAAGCAUUUGCAGCUCAACAGCAUGCUGCCAUUGAAAGUAUUGUGGGUGCUGAUAGAUGUGGUAAUCCAUAUAAAAGGCGCUCUUGGGAUGAUGAUUAUGUGCUUAGAAGAGAAUUCACAGCAUUGAUACCAGCAUUUGAUCCGCGGCCAGGACGUACUAAUGUCAACCAAACAUCUGAUUUAGAAGUUAUCGCUCCACCUGAUGAUGAAAAUGAUGAAAUUCCUGAUGUUUUUACUGAAAAUUCAAGUACUUCUAACAAUCAGACAUCAUUACCAAGAAUUAAGUUGACUCUGAAAGGACCUAAUUUGCCAGGAAUUAAAGAUGUAGAAGUCGAGCUCAAAGAUUCUAAUUGGACAAUUUUUCAUGCUGUUCAAAAAUUAGCUCAAUUAGCAGAUCUUGGUAGUCGCCAAGAAAAAUCAAGACGAAUUUGGGAACCUACUUAUACAAUCUUGUAUGAAGAAUUGACCAACAAAGAUCAAAGUCUCAGUGUGGGUCCUGAUAAUCAAUGGGAUUCUGAUUUACCUAUAUUUUCAACAAGAACACAAUUAAGUAAUACGGGUUGCACUGUUGAUCAUGUACUUCAACUUUUAAGGCAGCUUCAUAAUCUUUCCAUUAAUCCAAUGAUCUCUUUACUUAAACCAUACACUGAUGACUUUUUUGAAGCACAUAUUAAAGAUGAUGGAGAGUUGAUGAACAGCGAAAUAUUUAAUAGCAAAAAAAUGACUAAUAAACUUGUUCAACAAAUUCAAGAUCCUUUGGUAUUAAGUUCAGGUGCACUUCCAUCUUGGUGUGAACAUUUGAAUCUUUCAUAUUCAUUUUUGUUCCCAUUUGAAACGAGACAUUUGUAUUUUAAUUGCACUGCAUUUGGACCAUCUAGAUCUAUUGUAUGGUUGCAAUCUCAACGAGAGAAUGUGGAGCGACAUCGCACUGGUUCAAGUCUUCCUCUUAGACGAGAAGAAGAGUACAGAGUCGGUCGUUUAAAACAUGAUCGUGUUCGUAUACCACGAGGAGAAAACAUACUUGCAUGGGGUAGACAACUUAUGCGCGCUCAUAUUGAUCGACAAACAGUGUUGGAAGUUGAGUUCAUGGGUGAAGAAGGCACUGGAUUAGGUCCCACAUUAGAAUUUUAUUCAUUAAUUGCUGCAGAGUUUCAGCGAAAAGAUCUAUGCAUGUGGAUGUGUAAUGAUGAAAUGCCUGAAGAGACCCGUCAAUGUAUUUGGCUUGAAGAAGGAUCCAAACCACCUGGCUAUUAUGUUAGACGGACAGGUGGACUUUACCCAGCACCAUUACCUCAAGAUUCGCCGUGUUGUGAUAGAGUUGUAAAACAUUUUUGGUUCCUUGGCAUGUUCCUAGCUAAAGUACUUCAAGAUAAUCGCUUAAUUGACCUUCCAUUAUCAUUGCCAUUCCUAAAACUAUUAACUAAAGCAAAAAAUAAUGAAUCGGGUAGAGUUCUAAAUGAAUCAGACUUGUUUGACAUUGAUGAAGAUCAAGCAAAGUUUAUAAAAGAUUUAAAACUGUUAAUUUCGGCAAAAGAAAAAAUUUUACUGGAUCCAUCAUUGAGCGAUGAAGAAAAAAGUGAACAAAUUGAAAACUUGCAAUUUCAGUGUGGUGAAACCGGCAAAGUGCACUUAGAAAAUCUAAGUUUGAGCAUGAUUUACUUACCAUCAUCUUACUGCUUUCCAUUUACUUACAUUAAUUUAGUUGAUGAGGGUCUUAGUCAAGAUGUUAACAUGGAUAAUGUAGAGCAAUAUGUUAGUUUAUUGACUGAUUUUAUAUUGGAGACAGGCAUCAAAAGACAAAUGGAUGCACUAAAGGCUGGUUUUUGCCGUGUAUUCUCAAACGAAAAGCUUAAUGCAUUUACUCCACUUGAGGUCAGACGAAUGUUAUGUGGCCAACAAGAACCAGAAUGGACCCGAGAAGAUCUAUUGAACUACACAGAACCCAAAUUAGGAUAUAAUAAAGAAAGUCCUGGAUUCUUACGUUUGGUGAACGUUUUGGAACAAAUGAAUUCUGAAGAACGUAAAUCAUUCUUACAAUUUACUACAGGCUGUUCGUCAUUACCACCGGGAGGGCUCGCCAAUCUAUAUCCAAGGCUAACUGUAGUACGUAAAGUUGAUGCUGGUGCAGGUAGCUUCCCAUCAGUAAACACUUGCGUCCAUUACUUGAAAUUACCAGAGUAUCCUGAUGAACUUACUUUGAGGGAACGCCUGUUGGCUGCAACUCUUGAAAAAGGUUUCCAUCUCAACUAA